UUUUUCUGAUACAAGAGAUCAUCAAACAAGAAGCAAUGUCUUCUACACAAAUGGAUGGUUCCAAUGUCCAACAACAAUAUGAAGAUUUCAAGCCACAAAUGGAAACCCAAGAAACUGCUGACGCUCAUCUUCUUCUUAUUCAUCUUCCUGGUUUUACUAGACAAGAAGUUGGUGCAAACUAUGAAGCAGCUUAUAGGAGAAUUAGGGUUUUUGGUGAAAAACUACUUGAAAAUAAUAAGCGUCAACGCUUCAGUGUAGAGUAUAUAGUUCCAGAAACUUGUGAUGGUGAUAGCCUUAAGGGAAAAUUUGAAGACGGCGCAAAAAUUACCAUUACAAUGCCAAAGAAACCUAUUUCAAUUAUUGCCCCUAAAGGACCAGAACCAAUUGAAGAACAAGAAGAAUCCAAACAGGUCACUACUUCAAAAUCUGCUUCUGAAGUUGAAUCAGAAAUGGAUGAGAGUCAAAGAGAAUUUGAUGAGAAAAAAGAUGAAAAAACACCAACCCCACCACCAGAAGAAGCCACUGAAGAAUCUAAAAUGCCCCAAAAAGAUUCACAAGAUGAUCAAAAACAUCUUGAGGAUGAUCAGAGGAAAGAGAGUGCUGCAACAGAAGAUUCCUCAAUCACAGAAAAAAUCAAAGGUAAUGAAAAGCAUGAGGAAAACCAAAAGACUUAUGAUGCAGGAAAAGAAUCUGAGAAGAAGGAUCAUUAUUUGGCAAGACAGAAAAGCAAGGAAGAAAAGGAAGAACAAGCCAGGGUUGCUGAUAAAAGUUCCGGCUUUAAAAAGCAAGAGAAGAGGGAAGAGAAGGGAGAAUUUCAGAAUGAUCAGUAUUUGGCAAGAGAAAAAAGUAAGAAAGAAGAAAGAGAAGAAUCUGCCAUGGUUAUUGCUAAAGAAAGCUCAGCCUUAAAAACCCUAGGGAAGAAUUCAGAGGAAGAAGUUCGUCAGAAGGAUCAGAGAAGAAAAGAAUCUAUAACAGAGAAGAAGGAAAAGAAUAAAGAAAUGGAUGUUCCAACAAGUAAAGUCAACAAUGGAAAUACAGUAAAUAAUGAAUCAUCAAUAGGGAAAGGAAUCAGGGAUAUGGCCAACUCAGCUUCUCAAGCUGCAACAAGAUUGAAAAACAAGUUCAGUGAAGAAGAUAAACAGAAGCUCUUAUGUGCAGGUGCAGCAAUUCUGGUGGUGGUGGUAGGCAUUUAUGCUUCCUUCAAGCUCCGUUCCAUGACAAGACAAUAGAUAAAAUUACUUGCUAUAAAUUUCCUCUUUGAUAUGGUUCUGUACCAAAGUUUCAUUAUAUUUCAACAUAUUGUAAUUGUAAUAUAAACAUGCCGACUUAAGUUAGAGUUUUAUGUAUUUUCUAGCACAGAA